GGAUACACGCCUAUAGAAUUUGUGUCCAUCGUAAAGACUUUCUUCAGCUAUUUUCGUUUGCUUUAUCGCUAUAAACAGACACUUUAGAACCAAAUGAAGCUUAAGGUCUAUCAUUUUCUUCUCAACAGAACCGGAAACGUGUAGGAAAAACGUGACCGUCUCUUGUCACGCCAACAGAACAAAUGAAUAUGGAGGGAUUUUGCUUGAUUGCCGCCAGGGGGCGCCAGCAACAAUCAUAACGUACGGAUAUCUGUGUCGUAUAGCGGCAUAUUUACAGAUAACGCUGUAUUUUCAUCUGCACGCGAUGCAUAUAUACUUUUGUGGGAGUAUUAGGGGGGGGAGGCAGGAUGUGAAGAUUUAUCAGAAUAUUGUGAAGAAGCUGCAGACCUAUGGGACGGUUUUGACAGAGCACGUGGCCCACGUGGCUAUAUCAGAGAAAGGUGAGGAUGCUGUAUCAGGUGGAGACGAGGCUAUCUAUGACCGUGAUAUGGAGUGGCUGGCUCAGUCUGACGUCAUAGUUGCUGAAGUAACCCAACCGUCUUUGGGCGUGGGUUAUGAAAUUGGUCAAGCCACAGCCAUGAAAAAAAGGAUUCUUUGCCUUUUCCGACCCUCAUCAGGAAGAGUCCUGUCUGCAAUGAUUCGAGGCGCUGAGGGCAAGUUGGGUGGCACUCUCUUCCAGGUACAGGAUUAUGAGGAAGAGGAUGUUGAAGGCAUCCUGGAGAAUUAUUUUGGCGAACUCACCAAGAACUAAUGUGCAUUAAAAAUACACUAUAUGGCCAAACGGAUGUGACCAUCUGGACCAUCACAACUAAAUGCUCUUUGUGAACAUAUUUUCAAAACUAUGACCAUUAACAUGAAGCUGCUUCCUCUUUGCUUUUAUAACGGUGUCCAACUUUCUGUGAAGGCUUUCCACUAGAUCUUGAACGUGACUGUGAAGAUUUGUCCAGGUCAGCACUGAUGGGUGAGGAAGCCUGGUACACUGUCAGAACAUGGGCCUCACUAUUUACACAGAUGCAGUGUCAUGAUGAAACAGGUUUAGGCCGCUUAGUUCCAGUGGAAGGGAAACGUAAUGCAACAGCAUACAAAGAUAUCCUCUAUAAUUGUGUGCUUUCAUCUGUGUAAUAAGAGAUUGGGUAAGACCCACAUAUGGUGUGUUAUGGUCAAGUGUCCACAUACUUUUGGCCAUGUAUUGUAGAUCACUCAAUGUAACGAUUAAGAUCAUUCCCCAGUUCUAGAAUGCUUAUUUAAUUUAACAGAGGCUCUUGAGUUUUAUAUAAAGUACUGACAUAUGAUGCUUUCAUGUUUUGUUAAAAUAUGGGUGACUUUCAAAAAGAAAAGAAGAUUUAAAAUAAGAUAUCACAAGCACAAAAAUAUCAUAAUAAAGUGUUACUGUUCAUAAUUUUUCCACA